AUGGAUCACGGCCAAAUGGACCAUGACCAUGGCGACAUGGACAUGGGCGGCGACCAGUGCUCAAUGAAUAUGCUCUUCACCUGGUCAUCCAAGAACCUGUGCAUCGUGUUUCCACAAUGGCGCGUCACCGGCACACUCUCGCUCCUCAUCUCCCUGAUUGCGAUCGUUAUCCUGACCGCCGGCUACGAAUGGGUGCGGGACCUCAGCCGAAGAUACGAGCAGACCCAUAGCGCUCAUCUACAGGCCUUUAGCACAAGCACACAGCCGGAAGGGUCAAGAAUCAACGAAAUAAGCUCAUUGCUUUCUCCAGGAAAGGAUGCGCGGUCCUCGGCCGAACAGAGGGGUACCAUCGUGAAAGCGGCAUUCUAUGCCGUGCAGGUGUUCUACAGUUUCUUCAUCAUGCUGCUAUUCAUGACCUAUAAUGGCUGGGUCAUGCUUGCUGUCGCAGUGGGCGCGUUCUUUGGCUAUCUCUUGUUUGGUGCGCACACGUCUGCUACCAAGUCUGUGGCAUGCCAUUAG